GUUUUCUCUCUGAGCUGCUGCUGCUGCUGCUGCUGCUGCUGUGUUUGUGCUCCAUGGCCGGCAGCAUGGGCGACUCGGCUCCAGACACCGGGCAGCGGUACCUUUACCGAGAGAGGACUAAAUACUCCCCGGAGGAAGAGGAGAGGCUGGAAAGGCAACACUUCUGGAAAAUCAUCGACGCUUUUAGAUAUUACAGAACCCAUGUUCAGGAGCGUGUGAACCGGACCGAGCGGCAGUUCCGCAGUCUUCCUCAAAAGCACCAGCGGCUUCUGUCUGGAUUCCUGCCCAACCUGGCCAAGAUCCGCCGCUGUGUGGACCAGAACUACGAAGUGCUGCAGGCCAUUGUGCACAACUGCAUCCACAUGUUCGAGAACAUUGAGUACGGCGAGGAUGACAAUACAAGGAAAGUUGGGCCAUCUUCAACAUUCGACAUGGACAAGCUGAAGUCCACCAUCAAGCAGUUUGUGCGUGACUGGAGUGAAACAGGCAAAGCUGAGCGGGACUCCUGCUACACUCCUCUCAUAGAGGAGAUACAGAGACAGUUCCCUCCUGACCAGUGCGACGUCUCUAAGGUCAACGUCCUGGUUCCUGGAGCUGGUCUCGGUAGGCUGGCAUGGGAAAUCGCCCGCCUGGGUUACGCCUGCCAGGGAAACGAGUGGAGCUUCUUUAUGCUCUUCUCCUCAAACUUUGUCCUAAACAGGUGUGAGAAGGUGAAUGAUUUGACGUUGUAUCCCUGGGUUCACCAGUUCAGCAAUAACAAACUCUCCGCCGAUCAGACGAGGCCGGUGUCCUUCCCAGAUGUCAACCCCCAGAGUCUUCCGCCAACCUCCAACUUCUCCAUGACGGCUGGGGACUUCUUAGAAGUGUAUACUGAUCCGAAUACCUGGGACUGUGUUGCCACCUGCUUUUUCAUCGACACGGCUCAUAAUGUCAUUGAUUAUAUAGAGACCAUCUGGAAUAUUCUAAAACCUGGUGGAAUUUGGAUCAAUUUGGGUCCACUUUUGUACCAUUUUGAAAACAUGGCCAAUGAACUGUCUAUCGAGCUGAGCUAUGAAGACAUAAAAGGUGUUAUUUUGAAGUAUGGAUUUGAGCUGGAGGCGGAGAGAGAGUCAGUCCUCACCACGUACACUGAGAACGAUCGCUCCAUGCUCAAGUACUUGUAUGACUGUGUCUUUUUCGUGGUUCGGAAACCCGCGGACCACCUGUCCAACGGAGCCCUGUCCCCCAAAGAUAACCAGCUGGACAAUUCGGUAGAGAAAGAAGAGACGGCAACGUGACAUCAGAUGGACCGAAGCUUUCACUUAACUGCAGUACCUCAGAUGCAUUUACAUCAAAGACACAGAGUCAUUUUUAUAUCUAGAUUAUUGAAUUCUUUAACACCUCGUUACCCUCUCAGUCCCAGUUCUGAGCACCAACACACUGUUCUUUUUUUGUGUUCUCCCUGCUCUAUUAGCCCUGUUGGGUAAAAUGUCAAGCCAUUAAUGAGCUGAAGCAGUUAUAUUAGAGAAGAGAGAACACAGAUCUGUAGUCCGUAGAGGUUCCAGGAAUGGACCUACACUCCAGGGUUUGUGCCCAAAAAGACUUACGGAUGUAGGAGCAGAUUACUAGUCUCUAUUGUUCAUAAUCAAGCAUUCAAAUUCUUUGAUCUAGGGUGUAGGAUCCUGUCUGAACUGGUCAUAAUCAUCGCAAGCUAGCAGCCACUCUUCUGGAAGAAACCUCCUUGCUUUGUGAAUACAGACCUUGAGUCAUCAUACCUUUGCACAGCAACCCAAAAACACCACCAUUCCAGCGCUGGCAGCUUUAAAUGUUUAGAACGGUAACUAAUAAACAGUGUUAACGCGGAGAAUAUUCUAGAGAACCAGUAUGAAUAGGUUAGAAAUUUCCAACAAACACAUGCAGGUAUGGCACACCAAGCAAAUGUUUGUAAUUGUUGGUGUUUGAGGGGUUUAAGGCCAGAACACAUUGAUCAAACCCCCCCAGAAAGCAAAUGUUUGGUUGGUGUAUCGUAACUGUGCAGUUGCUGGGACAAUUUAGAAAGAAUCUACAAUCUAAAGAGCAAAGAUGCCUAAGAAAUCACAUUAAAUUACAUUUAGUAAUACUUAUCUAAGUACCACUAGGCUCGGAGCUCAAACCGGCUUUGCUAAAUGGGGCACCUGCCGAGCCUUUUUCAGGGUGGUCCUUCAGACAAACUCUAAAAGCUUCUCAACCCUGCACUCCACUUUCCGUAGCUGGGCUAUGAGCUCAACUUGAUCUGCGUCGCCCUCACUGCUGAUUUAUGUGAUAAAAACACAGCAAACGAGCCAAAUAAAACAAAUAAAUGCUAAAACUGAAACCAUGAUAGUGAUUAGGAGUGAGCAAUGUGAAAUUUUAUCGUUACGUUGAUAAAUUAGGUUAUAUUACACUUUUCUGAGCAUAUUGUGGACGUCAUUAGCUACGAACUCUGAUCGACAGCAUGUUUAAUUACAAAAAGAUCAUAAUUAGUUGGGUUUAAUCCGAUUUGGUGCAUCACAGUGUGUAAAAUAUGAGAAAAAAUAAUUGUAUUCGUAGUUUUGAUAGUAUUUUUUAUGGGGGCCUCUCUCACAAAGCCAGUUUAACUUAGACAGGGUACCUGAAGUUUCAGCUUCGCAAAACCUGACAAAUUAAAUGGUUAAUUUGUUUUAUGAAGGCAGUUAACUUUUUCCGUUAUUCCAAGUUUAGAUACUCAAGCUGCGAUCAAGCAGACAUUUAUGACGAACGGCCAGUCGUCUGAAACGUGAGGUGACCUGAGUGGCUUAUAUUUCAAAGUAGGGAAAAGAAAAACCUACGUUAAUAUGUAGAAAGUAAAGCAUUUAUAUCAGCUGCCACUGUGUUGGUGCUUAUUGGACUAAUAAUUGAUGUAUUUUCUUAAUAUCUAUAUAGUACGAUUUGCUUCCUUUGCUAAAAAAGCUUUAUGAUUGACUCCACAAAUGUCACAAAGAAAAAGGUGACCAGUCCCUCUUUGGUCAGAAGCUUGUCCUGAUUGUUCAGAGAGGUGGUUAUAACCCCAAAUCCCGCACUUAACUCGCCUAACUAAGUCUGGUGGUCUUUGCAUUGUUUUUCAGUAUUAUGGAAAGCCUUACAUGAUGCUACGUCGUAAUUUUGUGAUGUCUUACUCUGCCUUCACACUACGCUCGGUCAGCUGGGAAGUCACCCAAGCUCACAUGCCAAACUUUGGGUGGCAUGUGAACGAAAACAAGUGUUUCUUACCGUCAUAUUUUCAGUGAUUCUUUGGCAAUCCGGGUAUGAACUUCAGAUGCUGGACACAGUUAAAGGAAAGUUUCACCAAAAAGGACAUGUAUUUUUGUAUUUCUUUGGUUUCUUACUGAUAUGCCGAUAGACAGCGUUCUCAGGCUGCUCCAUUUCAGCAACCCAGCAGUUCACCAAAUAUGAUUUUUAUUAAAAAAUCCAACUUACUGCUGACUUCGCAACUCCUCACUUCCCUGGAUGAUGACAGUUAUCACAGCACUAAGUAAGCAAGUUGUUUUAAACUUACUGUAUGAUUGUACUGAAUCUGCUAUUAACACAUUCAUUUUACAGUAAAGGGGAGAAAUCGGUUCUUUUUUCCAAAAUGUGAAAUGUGACUUGCCUUGAUGUUUAGCAGUGUAAACACUGAAGAUGUAUUUUAUUAAUAAAAACACUUUUAUCAAAUAUA